CUCUGGAAUUCAUCCCGAUGUUCAAGAUCUCGGAGUGAUGGUAUUGCGCGUAGACAUAGGCCUGGGGCGCGCACAAAUCUAUGCGAAUAUGGUACGAGAGUUCUCCUUCCACUACGACAAUGCUUACACCGACCAAACGAGAUGGCACACCAUGCUAUGUCAGCUGCAAUUUCCGCAGUUGGUAUCCGUUUGGUUCUGGGAGAAAGAUCAUGAACACAAACUCAACACUGAGGAUGUGAUACUACAUUACACCAAGUCCAAUCUUCGCCAACUCUCCGUCGAUACUUGUGGUCCGCUCUCAGAAGACUUUUUUGACGAAAUGGCUGGACUGUGCUUGAGGCUGGACAGCCUACUCCUGCACCUUUCCAAGAUCACAGCCUCUUCGAGCUCAGUCGUUCGAAUGCUGAAGAGAAUGCCUAACAUACGCUCACUCGGUUUAGAGAAAGGUUUUGGAGAUGUCUUUUCUUCCGAGAUGUUCAGGGUCAUCGCUUCUUAUCCGGCUCUCGACCAGGCUGUUCUCCCAUACGUCCAGGAUAACUGUCUGCUCGCUCUCCAGACGGACGCAGACAUACGGUUUUUUCCCAAGCUCAAAUACUUGUACACUGGCGCCACCGCGGAAAGCCUAAGAGUCUAUCAUAGAGUUGCGCCUGGGAUCAACGUACUCGGCUUGACAAACGAUAAAUUGGAACGUGCGGAUAACGUGUUGACCAGUGCAUCGAGGUUUCGAGAGCUUACAUCUUUCACUGCCCAGCUCAACAUGAGCACAGCCAUUGGGGGCGACGAGCUUAUCCAGUUGGCUCAGGGGUGUCCAAACCUGGAGGAGAUCAAGAUAGGCAUUGACAGCUGGUCCGACAUCAAGCCUUCGGCGACAGGGAUGACAGACGACCUCAUUGAGCAAUUAGCUCCGCGUUUGUCCAACCUCAGGGUUCUCUAUCUUUUGUUCGAGUCCGUCAGUCAGCGUGGGCCUGGAUGCAUUCAUACUAUCCGUACCCUCGGGUACAAUUGCGAAAGGCUGCAGGAAGUGGUUCUAUCGUGCGAGCCUGACUGGUCAUUGAUCGGAUCUCUUUCCAAGGGCGAGGGAGUCCCAUUGGCUGCCAACCUCGAGCAAUUGCAACUAUUGCCCCAUGAUCACAUGAUGCAAAACAUGACAAAAGAAGAGCAUAGAAACCUACUAGAUGUUUGGCGACACAAUGCGAAAGACUGGCUGCCGCAAGUUUGCUUCAUGGAAAUUCGUGGGGCAGAUGACUGGGAGGAGGCGUUUGUGGAUGUUAUUUGCCCCAUGAACGAAGAAGAGGAGGCCGUGGAGGACGAGGAGGCCGUGGAGGACGAGGAUGCCGCGAGUGUUGUCGAUGAAGCAGAUGAUGCAGGUGUAGCAACCAUGUUCAAUCAAUUCACUCUGCGGGAAGGAUGAUAAGCUGGGUAAAACGAAGAGUGACGGAACGGUCGUGAAAGGAAUUGUUUGAGCGGAGCCGCGAGUGGGGCGUCGUACGAGCCACCGCGCCGCUUCGCUCCUCCCACACGUUCCGCGGCUGCCAUCCAAAGCUUCAAGCAUUGUCAAUAACACGUGAUUUCCCU